UUUUAUAAACUUCGGUAAGAAAGUAUAAUAAAAAUUGAGUAACUUUUGAGCAGAGUUUGGAUGACAUGAGCUGUGAGCGUACGAUCUAAUCUCAUGGAAGCUUGGCGCUACGUUUACCAAGAACAGAUGCAGUAGAUUCUCUCCCAGCUCACCACUACAGUUAAUCCGUCAGAGCCUGCUGCUUCAGGCACUUGCAUUAUUAUUAUUAUUAUUAUUAUUUUUCUCUCCCUCUCUCUCACACGCCUCCAAACACAUGCACGGUUAAAGAGGUAACACAAGAGCGGAUCAUCUUUACCCUCGAAGUUCUCUGGUCUUUGUCAUCUAUUUUAGCAGAUUCGCUGUAAAUGCAACUUGGAUUUUACCUCAUCUUUUGAUGGGGAAGAAGGGAGGUAGCUCAUGGUUGACUGCUGUCAAAAGGGCUUUCAGAUCUCCUACUAAAGAGGAUGAAGAAAAGAAGAGAGAGAAGCGAAGAUGGAUAUUCAGGAAGCCCACAAACCAAGAAACGGAGCCGCAGCAAACCCCUACAAAUGCCGUUGCUGCACCGACGAACCAUGAGUCGGCAGCGAAGGCGGCUGCGGAGCGAAAGCAAGCGCUUGCAGUUGCGGUGGCCACUGCCGAGGCUGCAAUGGCCACUGCCCAGGCGGCGGUGGAGGUGGCUCGGCUGACCAGGCCUGCUAGUCAUGCCAAAGAGCACUCUGCUGCCGUUGUUAUUCAGACAGCUUUUAGAGGGUAUUUGGCGAGGAGAGCGCUUCGUGCGCUUAAGGGGCUGGUAAAGUUGCAGGCUUUGGUGAGAGGUCAUAAUGUUAGAAAGCAAGCAAAGAUGACUCUUAGGUGCAUGCAAGCGCUGGUUCGGGUGCAGGCUAGGGUGCUUGACCAACGCAUGAGGCUCUCCCAUGAUGGCACCAGAAAAUCCACAUUCAGCGACACAAAUAGCGUUUGGGAGUCGCGGUAUCUUCAAGACAUUUCAGAAAGAAAAUCGAUUUCAAGAGAAGGAAGUAGUGUAGCAGAUGAUUGGGAUGAACGCCCCCACACAGUUGAAGAAGUGAAAGCCAUGUUGCAGCACAGAAAAGAAACUGCGAUGAAGCGUGACAAGACCUUGUCUCACUCCUUUUCUCAGCAGAUUUGGAGGACUGGCAGGAGCCCAUCAAUUGGUAAUGAAGACGAGCUCGAAGAGAGACCGAAAUGGCUCGACCGUUGGAUGGCCACGAAGCCGUGGGAUUCCCGGGGAAGAGCCUCAACUGAUCAAAGAGACCCCAUCAAAACCGUGGAAAUGGAUACCUCCCAGCCCUACUCAUACUUAGCUCCUACUUUCCGGAAGCCUAAUCAAAAUCAGCAUCACCAACACCAACAACAAAGACCCAGUUCCCCGCUCCACAGAUUCCACCAAAAUCUACACCCCCAUCACUCCCCUGCCACACCCUCACCAUCGAAAACCCGGCCUGUCCAAGUCCGGUCGGCGAGCCCUCGUUGCUCUAGAGAAGAUAGAACCUACAAUACAUCUCAAACACCAAGCUUAAGGUCCAACUAUUGUUACAGUGGUAGCCUGCAUCAACCUGGCAGGGGUGGAACAAAUAGUGGUGGCACUGGUUGUUCUACAAUGCCUAAUUACAUGGCCGCAACCGAGUCUGCUAAGGCUCGUGUGCGGUCUCAGAGCGCGCCAAGGCAGAGGCCGUUAACACCGGAGCGGGAGCGAGUCGGGUCGGCCGCGAAGAAGCGGCUUUCGUUCCCGGCACCGGACCCUUAUGGUUUGGGGAUGGGGUAUGGAGGUCAUGGGCAUAACUUGAGGAGUCCAAGCUUUAAGAGUGUUGCUGGAACACAUUUUGGGAUGGAGCGUCAGUCCAAUUAUUCCUCAUGCUGCACUGAUAGCCUUGGUGGUGAGAUUUCUCCUUCUUCAACCAGUGACCUUAGAAGGUGGUUGAGGUGAUUAAUGGUCAAUAUGGAUGAUAAAUUAUGGCGAAUAACUUGUCAGGUUUUCUUUAUCAGCUUUUUAAGCACAGGCUUCAGAAGUUGCAACUUGUUAGGUUUUCAGUUUUAAUUUGUGUGUGAGAUAUAUGUUGGUCUGACCGGAGAAGUAAAAAAGAUCCAGAGGUAGUUGGGAUCUGAUGUAGGAAAUAGAGUGUGAGUAGUGAGUAUUGGAUAGGUGGUCGAAUGAUUCAAGAGGUAUUUUUAUUUCGCUAAGAAAAAAUGGUAUUUUUAUUCCCCCUUUUAUGUCAAGUAGAAGAUAAAAUUAAGGACUUUGCGGUGACCCUCAACACUAGGGCUCUUAAGUGAAGAAAGCUGCUCGAGAACCGACUCUGGCUUGGUCAGAUAGACUCGAUAGUUAAGUUUGAUUAUUAAACAAGGUAUACUCGUCUAAACUCGACUCGGCUCGGUUAAUGAAUGUGAACACAAGUCAUAUUACCAUAAUAUUAUAGUAUGUAUAUUAACUUAU